AAAGAACCCAAAUUCAGCAUCAUGGUGAACAGACGUCUACCCUUAAUCUGUGCCUCUCUAUCUCUACUCCUGAUUCUUGUUUACAGUGAGGAGUCAGUGGUAGUCAGAUCCACCGAGAUCUCAGACAACAGUAGUCAAGAGGAAAAGGAAUUGGUAAGCAUAGUGAAAAUGAUUUUGAAUUAUUCUCUUAUUUGCACCAAAAUAUUCCUUACUGCACAUUUUCUGUCAUUUAUUUUCCUGUUCCAUGUUGGUUCUUGUUUUUGGCUCUCAAUUAUUUUUCUUCCAAUUUAUUAAAACAACGUGCAAAUGUGUGCCUUUUGUUUCCGACAACAAGAGUUUUCUAAGGCAGGUCAGCUGCUUUCACAUUUAUUAGUAUUAAUAAUAGCAUUAUCUUUAGCAUUUUUUUUUUUUUUUUACAAUUUUAUUUAAGGCAUAAAUUAUUCUAUUUGCAGUUUUCUUCCAAGUAAUAUUACUUAUUUACCAUAUUUUAUGAAUGUAACCAAUGGUCACAGAGCAAUAAAGUAGCAACAUUUUAGGAAAGAUGGCUUAAGGUGAAGAAAUAGCUUAAUACAGAAAUAAAAUGGUAUGAAAGGGAAUAUGAUACUUUUAUGCAUUUUUUUCUUUUAUUUCUGUAAAAUCUCUCAAGGAAGGUAAAAGAAACAAGAGGCAACAACUAUUCAGAGUUUUUCAGUGUUCAGAGUACUGCAUUUGUUUAAAGAAAGGGUAAAUGCUCUCCACUUUUUCAGGAACUACAAUUCCUAGAUUGGCACAUUUCAUGAUGACUGGGAGUAACUUGAGUUAUGGUUACACAAAAGCUAUGAACCUAAUUGAUGGUUAUCCUUAUUCAACAGGGCAUUCACAUUUAGUGUGUCUAUGACUGCAGGGAUAUAUAUGUGAAGUGUAAGUGUGUUUAUAAUUUAUUGGUGGGAUACAUAUGUGAACUCAUAGAACUCAAAGAAGAGUUUAUGUGGGUGAAUGCAGGGGUAUAUUUGUGGAAUGUCUGUAUGUGAAUGAAGGGUUGUAUUUGUGUGAACUAUCUGUGUAUAAAUGUAUAGGUACAUUUGUGAGGAGCAGCAGUGUGUGAAUACAGGGUAUAUCUUUGCAGAUUGGGUGUGUGUGAAUACUGAGGUGUACAUGCACCCCAUAUCCAUUCACUUGACACCUCUCCUCAUCCUUGCACAUUGCUUUCCCCUUCCAUGCCCAUUGUUUGUAUGCUGCUUCCUCUACUCAUUCAUGCCCCCUUGUUUCCUUGUCUACCCCAAUACUUACCUACCUCACACCAUGCCGAUAUCCUUCCUACUAUUCAUUUUUUUUAUGAGAAACUUAGCUUACUGUAGAUACAUUUUUGAACUUUUAUAAUAUAUGUAUAUAUAAACACCAGAUAAGCAGGAAAUAAAACCUUGAAUGUGCAUGCACUAAUGAUCUAUCUAAAUGAUCUAUCAAAGAAACAGGAAUGUUAUUGUGAGUAAACUUAAAGAAUCUUAGAAUGUGCAUUAUAGCGAUCUCUGCUACAUCUCUACACAGAUAGAUGCUUUACAAGAAGUCCUGGAGAAACUGAAGAGCAAACGGAUCCUUCCUCUGGACAAAAAACUGGGCUGGGUACCAUCGGUAAGAGAUAACCUCCUCCACAUCUGUAGACUAUAUAUAUAUAUACACAUACAUACAACAUACACAACUCGCACUCGCUUAUUCAUUAAACAAUGAUUUCAAAUCUCAAUUAUUGUAAUAGUGUUAUUUAAAAAAAAAAAAAAAAAAUCACCUAGGCAAAAUAUAUUGGGGGUUUAGUUUCUUGAUAUGAUCAUAUAUUGCAUAAACCUGCCACAACGUCAAUGUACUCCAUUCUUGGCAGGUCCUACUCUAGCAGCCUAAUGCCUGCCCCGUGUUGUGGCAUAGAAACAUAGAAUGUGACGGCAGAUAAGAACCAUUCGGCACAUCUAGUCUGCCCAAUUUUUUAAAAUGCUUUCAUUAUUCCCUGGCCUUAUCUUAUAGUUAGGAUAGCCUUAUGCAUAUCCCAUGCAUGCUUAAACUCCUUUACUGUGUUAACCUCUACCACUUCAGCUGGAAGGCUAUACCAUGCAUCCACUACCCUCUCAGUAAAGUAAUACUUCAGGAUAUUAUUUUUAAACCUUUGCCCCUCUAAUGUAUCACUAAUAAAAAUAUUAAAGAGAAUGGGUCCAAAUACAGAUCCCUGAGGUACCCCACUGGUGACAAACCCAUGCUUCAAAUAUACUCCAUUGACUACAGCCCUCUCUUGCCUGUCACUCAGCCACUGCCUUACCCAUUCAACAGUAUUGGAAUCCAAACUUAAAGAUUGCAAUUUAUUGAUAAGCCUUCUAUGUACAACAGUGUCAAAAGCCUUACUGAAAUCUAGGUAAGCAAUGUCUACUGCACCACCCUGAUCUAUUAUUUUAGUUACAAAUCAAAAAAAAUCAAUGAGAUUGGUUUGGUAUGAUCUCCCUGAAGUAAACCCAUAUUGUCUCUGAUCUUGAAAUCCAUGUGUCAACAAUUCUAUCCUUAACAUGGUUUCCAUUACUUUCCCCACUACUGAAGUAAGGCUUACUGGCCUAUAGUUCUUGUGAAUGGGCACAACAUUAGCUAACUUCCAAUCUUCUGGGACUACUCCUGUUAACAAUGAUUGGUUAAAUAAAUCUGUUAAUGGUUUUGCUAGUACACCACUAAGCUCUUUUAAUAACUUUGGGUGUAUUUCAUCAGGUCCCAUUGACUUAUUUGUCUUUACUUUUGACAGUUGAAAUAGAACCUCUUCCUCUGUAAACUCACGUGUAACAAAUGACUCAUUUGACCUUUUUCCUAACAGAGCCCUUUCCUUCAUUUUGAUUUAUAAAUACUGAACAAAAAUAUUAAUUGAGGCAGUCAGCUAGACCUUUAUCCUCUUCUACAUACAUACCUUCUUUUGUUUUUAAUCUAACUAAUCCUUGUUUUACUUUUCUCAUUUAUGUAUCUAAAAAAUGUUUUGUCCCUUUUUUUACUGCCUGUGCUAUAUAUAUGAUCAGGCUUAUGCAAUAUAUGAUCAUUUAAUGUAACUAAACCCCCAUAAUUUUUUGCCUAGGUGAGGUGUUUUUAAAUAAAACUAUUACAAUCUGUGAGAUUUUAAAUAAUUGUUUAGUGAAUAAGCGAGUGCGCUGGAUUGUGUAUGUUUGUAUGUUGUAUAUAUUGGCCCCAGCAGCACCCUAUAAUGUAUGCAUGUUCAGGUUAGUGCAACUCUCUUGGUUUCAUAUAUAUGAAGAGAGAGAGAGAGAGAGAUUGUAGCUGUAUUAAUCCAGUGAUUUUUACACACACACACACACACACACUUUGCUGUUUAGUGAAUGAGUGAGUGCACUUGUGCAUUUGUGCAGUGUGUAGGUUGUAUAAAUUGGCCCCAGCAACAACCUAUAAUAUAUGCAUGUUCAGGGGACUGCAGCCCAAGAUCAAUCUGAUAGAGAUUAACACUUAAAACAAGUGAUGUAAGAGAAGGGGAGGGAAGUGGGGUGAGUGGGGUGUCAUAAAUAGCAGAAGAUGUGCCUGAAAGUGAAGAGUGCAGGUUGGCUGAGAAUAGCCAGAAAAAGUAAAGAAACUGAGGAGAAUCCAUAGCUAGUUGAAAAGAAAAAAAAAACACAAGAAAACAGCAGAGCAGGGCAUGCAAGUAAAUAGCUGCAUAUAUGUAUCUAUAUAAAUUGAUCCAAUAAAGGUGAAGCGAGAUUAUUGGAAAAAAAACAACUAUAUAAGACAUUGAGAUGUGUGUUUAUAUAAAGUUUUGGUGGUGUGUGAGAAAACCAGAGUCUACAUUAGGUCCUUCAUUUCUGGUGUUGAAAUGUGUGAUCAUUUUCAUCUCAAAUGUAUUUUGUUCAUGAGAGUCUUUGAAAUUCCCUUUAAGAACUUCAAAUCUGAGGUUUUGGAUGGAGUGACCAGUCUGGGUGAAGUGAUGGCCAACAGGGGUUCAAUAUCCAUUUCCUUGAUUCUUGAUUGGGUGUCUGUGUAGAUUCAUUCUGAGAUGCAGCUUACGGCCAGUUUCUCCAAUGUAGCAGCCUUUGUCACACACUGUACACUGUAUUGCGUACACCACAUUUGCAGAUGUCUCACACACUACCAAAACUUUAUAACUUCCCUGGAUCUUGAAGAAGAUCCUGUGAGGGUCGAAACGUCGAUUGCACAUGUAAUUUGCACUUUAGAAUAAAUCAGAAUUCAGACGAAGACGUGUGAGUGCUCCUUAUAUAUUGAUUUUUGUUAUAUGUUUAAACGCUGAGGAUUGCACCCAGGCACUAAUGUACAUUUUUUUUUUUUUUAAAUUAAGGGUGAGUGCCAAGAAUUUCAUAUAUAUAUAUAUAUAUAUAUAUAUAUAUAUAUAUAUAUAUAUAUAUAUAUAUAUAUAUAUAUAUAUAUAUAUAUAUGACUAAAUAAUGCUUUCAGCAUAGCAAGUAUUGGGUGUCAAAUAAUCAGAUUAAAGGGUCACUCUAAUCACCACGAGCCUUGCAUGGGUUAUGAGUUCCCCAGUCCCUGCUUCCAUACACACAUUUUGUUAUAACAGCAGCAAUUUGCAAACGUGCCAGACAUCAGAGGAAAUAGAUACACACCUUAUUUUGUCAGUCAUUAUAUUUGUAUGGGUGUGUAUGUACAUAUUUACAUUUGCAUGCUGGGUGUAUAUCCUUCAAGUCUUCACUGGGCUAUUCAUUAAGAUGUGAAUUCUAUGGUGAGAGACAGGCAAUAUCAAAUUUAAUAUCAAACAGUUGAGAUGGAAUCUGUGGUGGACAAUGUAUCAACUUAUUUUGAACUAAAAUGUGAUAUUUCCUUGACAAUUUAGUUAACACCCCUGUAUGAUAUGAAGGUGAAAAAGAUAGAAUUCCUGCAUUACAAUUUGCCUCUUCAGAUCAUAUUCAGAAAGUUGCUCUCCCUAGAUCUAGACCAGGCAUAGGCAACCUUCGGCACUCCAGAUGUUAUGGACUACAUCCCCCAUAAUGCUCUUAACAUCUGGAGUGUCGAAGGUUGCCUAUCCCUGAUCUAGACCUUUAUAAUAUCCCGCUGAGUUUCACUGACAGACGGUUUAUGACCUACAUAUAGUUCCCAGGUUUGCCAUUGCAAAAAAAUUAAAUUGUGCUCCUCAGAAGUAACAGUAUUGCUUAUAGAAGGGGUAGGCAACCUUCGGCACUGCAGAUGUUGUGGACUACACCACCCUCGAUACAAAAGAUUGCUUACCCCCGGCUUAUGGUUCUAUAGUACUCUUACAUAAACGUGCUCAUGAGUAAAUAUAUAGAUUACAAAAUUGGAAACCCCUGUUGCAGUGUAUAUAAACCCAUACAUAAUAUAUCUAGAACAAAAGGAUAUAAGCUGAUGUACAGCCUCUCAAAGAAUUCUAGAUCGGGGCAGGACAGACUUGAUUAGGCAUCCCUGUCCCACAGUUCAUUUGUUUCCUCUGAGAUUAGGCAUCUGAAGACACUGCAGAAAAUUGGACAAAAACAAGCAUAUCAUUAGAAUUACUUGCAAGAGCCAUUGCAUGGCAUUUCUGUCUAAGUAAGAGUAUUCCCAUAAUACUCUGCACAUUGAGCAACCCUGGCAUCUAAUAAACAGUGUUACACAUUAUAUUAGUGGCAUGCCUUCUUUCUGGAGUCACCCUCCAAAUUUAACACCACCAUAUAUUGGGAAGCAUGUGACACUGGAGAAAGGAAAUGCUUUGUUCACAGUGUACUUGUAGAUGAAUGGAAUAGCUUAUUAGCACAAAUGGUAUAGAUGUACCCAGUAUGUACGGGCUAAAUAAACUUCCAGUCUGAGAAUAAAUUAACAUCAAGAAUAAAUCCUGUGCUUUUAAAUAGGAAAACUUUUCUGGUUAACAGGCUCACUUUUUGCUCCCAACUAUAGUUACAUAGUUACAUAGCUGAAAAGAGACUUGCGUCCAUCAAGUUCAGCCUACCUCACAUUUGUUUUUUGCUGUUGAUCCAAAAGAAGGCAAAAAACCCAGUUUGAAGCACAAUUUUGCAACAAGCCAGAAAAAAUUUUUCCUUCUUGACCCCAGAAUGGCAGUCAGAUUUAUCCUUUGAUCAAGCAGUUAUUACCCUACAUUGAAAGAUUAUAUCCUUGAAUAUUCUGUUUUUGCAAGUAUGCAUCUAGUAGCUGUUUGAACAUCUAUAUGGACUCUGAUAAAACCACUUCUUCAGGCAGAGAAUUCCACAUCCUGAUUGUUCUUACAGUAAAAAAACCUUUCCUUUGCCUUAGACGAAACCUUCUUUCUUCCAGUCUAAACGCAUGGCCUCCUGUCCUAUGUAAAGUCCGGUUUGUGAAUAGAUUUUCACACAAUGGUUUGUAUUGGCCCCGAAUAUAUUUGUAUAUCCCCUCUCAGGCGACGUUUUAUUAAACUAAAUGGGUUUAAAUUUGUUAACCUUUCUUCAUAGCUGAUAUGUUCCAUUCCUUUUAUUAAUUUUGUAGCCCCCUCUGCACUUUUUCUAGUGCCAUAAUAUCCUUCUUUAGAACAGGUGCCCAAAAUUGCACAGCAUAUUCAAUAUGUGGUUUUACCAGUGAUUUAUAAAGAGGCAAAAUUAUAUUCUUGUCCCGAGAAUGAAUGCCCUUUUUCAUGCAUGACAAUACCUUACUGGCCUUGGCCACUGCUGAUUGACAUUGCACAUUGUUGCAUAGUUUGUUGUCUAUAACAAUUCCCAAGCCCUUUUCGUGUGUUGUUAUACCUAAUUUGCUUCCAUUAAUGGUAUACGUUGCUUGUGUAUUCUUUACGCCGAAAUGCAUAACUUUUCAGUGUUCUUUUCACUAAAGAUUUUAUGCCAGUCAAUAUAUUGUAAAGCUUCCCUUAACUUAUUGAAAUUGGCCUUUUUAAAAUUAUAUGUUUUAGUAUUCCCCACGUGCUUUUGUUUUUUUGAGUUUAUUUCAAAGGACACUAUAUUGUGAUCACUAUUUCCCAAGUGCUCACCUACUUGAAUGUUGGUCAAAAGAUCAACGUUGUUUGUUAAAACCAGGUCCAGACAAGCGUCCAUUGUAGUUGGUGCUUGUACAAGUUGUGACAUGAAGGUGUCAUUUAACAAGUUUAAAAACCUAAUUCCCUUUGCUGAGUUACUAGUCCCUCUGUCCAAAUUUAUGUCCGGGUAAUUAAAAUCUCCAAUAAUUAAAGUGUUACCCAGAUUUGCAGCUUUCUCAAUUUUCUCAAACAGCUGUUGUUCCUUGUCAAUAUUAACAUUAGGUAGUUUAUAACAUAUCCCAUCCAAUAGUUGGUUUCCCUUCUUUUCCCCCAAGCAGAUAUUUACCCAUAAAGCUUCCACAUUUUCUGCAUUCCAUUUGCUUAAGAUUUGGCUUUAAAUCAUGGCUGACAUACAAACAUAUGCCACCACCCUUCUUGUUUUUCCUAUCCUUCCUAAAUAACAUGUACCUAUUUAAGUUAACUGCCCAGUCAUUUGUCUCAUCCCACCAUGUUUCAGUUAUGCCUAUUAUAUCGUAUUGUUUAGUGUAUGCCAAUGCCUCUAGUUCCCCCAUUUUGUUAUUUAGGCUCCUUGCAUUAGUAAGCAUACAUUUAAUAUCAUGCGUCACUUUUGUAUAUUUUGUGAAUUAUCAACAUUACAUAGCUUCUCUGUUCUGAGUUUGCCCCUCCCCCUGUUUCCACCCCCCUUAUACUGUGCUAAAGCCCAUCUCCUUUCUGUCCUAUCUCCAUUUUCUAGAUUGCUUUGAUCCUCCCCCCUUCUACUAGUUUAAAAUCUCCUCCAACCGUCUAGCCAUCCUAUCCCCCAGCACUUCAGACCCUCUCCCGUUUAGGUGCAAUCCAUUCCAAUCGCAAAGUGUACCCAAUCGCAAAGUCGGCCCAGUGCUCUAAAAAUCCAAAACCCUCCUUUCUGCACCAAGACUUAAGCCACGCAUUGACCUCUCUAAUCUCCCGCUGCCUUUCUGUAUUUUAAAACAUGUAUGUAAAUAGAGAUGCAAUGUUUAUAUUCACAUGAUGUAAGUAAAAGGGCAUAGAUGUGUGAUAUUCAUGUGAAAACAUGAAUAUAAAAAAAAAAUAAGCAUAAAAAUGAUAAAGCAGUACACUGUGGGAAUAUAGAUAUUUUCUUCCCAUACAAAUUCUUAGAUUAAUUUAAUAAAGGAGCAAUAUAAUGAGUCCAUGAGGGCCACUAGCAGUCCAUGUUUAAUCCACAUUUUCAUUGGAGCAGAUCUGGGUAAUCUGUAAAUACUUUAGUCGUCCAUGAGGACUGGCUUGAGAAACAGUGCAAUAAUGGGUAUCACAGCCUGUUAGUUCUUUAAACAGAAGCUGCUCCUGAUAGCUCAGUCACUAUGGCAUUGAUUUAAUAUUUUUGGAUAAGCUUUUCAAAUGAUCACAGUCUGUGAUGAUGUAUCUACAGAAUUGACCAUUAAUGUCUGUGUGAACCUUUGUAGAUAAAUCAUUUGUAAAGUUUCUCUAACAGUGUGAAAGUAAAAAUAUGAAAUCCUAUCCUAGAAACUGUUAAUGAUACAAGAGUUUGAUACUUAUCUGUGUGUAUUUGUAAUUUCUAAUACGUUCUUUCUCCCCCAGUGUGAUGCUGGCGAGCAAUGUGCAGUGCGUAAAGGGGCAAGGAUUGGAAAACUCUGCAAUUGUCCAAGAGGGACCGCUUGCAAUUUCUACAUCCUGAAAUGUUUGUGAAAGAAUGAAAACAAGAGACAGAGAAGAAGAGCAAGAAUGUAGUAGUUGAGGGAUCAUUCCCUGAUUUCUCUCAUAUUUUCCAUCAUUCAAUCUCCCCUCAAAUCCUUCUUUACUCUGUUAAAAAUGAAGGAAUCUUCUAAACCCAUUGGGCCAAUUCACAUCUAAUUCACAAAGGGUAAACAGAACAGACUUGAAAUAAAAUUGUUUCUUUGCUCACCAUUGAAUUCCUAUAUACUGUUUAAUUUCACACACCUAUGUCUGUAUCUGUACUGUGCAUUGGUCCCAAGACAUUUGGGGGAAUGGGGGGUGGGAGGGGGGAGGGAGUAAUUACAGGAAAUGUAGACAUGAUGUCCUGUGUUGCUCUUGUGCCUUUUUAAAUAAAUGCAAAAAAGGCUGUAUAGUA